AUGGUGACUGCCGCACAGAAGCUCAUUUUGAAGCGCAGGAAGGCGCAGAAACAGCGUCAGAAGAGGCAGAAACUUGGCUCUGGCAAGGCUGCGCCCAAAAAAUCCCAGAUAGUGGCUGACAACGAGCUGAGAUGGAAACCUGUCGAGAUUCCAGAUACCCUGGAUGAUUACGAGGGAUUUUACGGGCUGGAGGAAAUCGAUGGUGUUGAUGUCAAAAUGGAAGAUGGACAAGUCAGGUUUGUUGUGAAAGAUGAGAAUAAGCUCGUCAAGGAAGGAGAGAAGACGGAGGACACUGAUAAUAAGGAAAAGGAUGCAAACGAUUCAGAAAAUGCAGAUAAUGACAGUGAGCAGCAAUCAGAUGGUUUCGAAAGGGGUGAGGAAAAAGUUCUUGCUGAGGAUGAAAAGGAAUUGAAGUCGAAUGUGUUUGCGGCUUUGAAGGAGGACCUACCGGAGGAUGUGGAUCUGCCCGAAUGGAGUUGCCUUAACCUUUCUGCCAAUACGUUGCAAGGAUUACAGAAGCUGGGGUUCCAAAAGCCUACCGAGAUUCAAAAAGCUACUAUUCCACUUGCUGUGGAUGGAAAGGAUGUUAUUGGUAAAGCCAUUACUGGUUCCGGUAAGACACUGGCGUAUGGUAUACCAAUCCUUGAGAAAGCUUUGAGCAACAAACAAGAACAUCUCAACGGUAUUGUUUUCACGCCUACAAGAGAACUGGCCAAUCAAGUGAUGAAGCAUUUGCAGGAACUGUUCAAAUACACUCCUUUCCAUGACAAAUCUGUUAUAUCUCUCACUGGUGGUCUCUCUAUCCAGAAACAGGAGAGAUUGUUGGGAUACAAACCUCGGGUGGUGAUUGCCACCCCGGGACGUUUUCUGGAGAUUUUAGAAAAGAAGACCGAAAAUGCAGUGCAACUUGCGUCUGCUGACAUUUUAGUCUGCGACGAGGCUGAUAGAUUACUGCAGGACGGGCACUUUGAUGAACUAGGCAAGAUCCUGGAAAUACUACACAACCACCGGCCAAAAGUGUAUGGCCAUAAGUUCCAGUCUCUGGUUUUCUCGGCAACCUUUUCUCAAGAUCUUUUUGGAAAACUGGAAAAAGCCAAGAAGCGUACCUUUGACAGCGAGGAAGCGAUCGUCAAGAUGCUUUCCAAGCAUCUAAAAUUUAGGUCCAAACCGGAAUAUGUGGACGUGAAUCCUACAGAGAUCGUGGCUAAUAGCAUUACAGAAGCUAUGAUUCCGUGUGGAGCCCAAGAGAGGGAUCUCAUGCUGUACUAUUUCCUCACCAUGUUUCCUGGUGUCACAUUAGUAUUCGCCAACGCUAUUGAUUCAGUUAAGAGACUGGCUCCGAUGUUGAACAACUUGGGAAUCCCAACUGUGUCGCUACACUCUUCGAUGAUACAAAAACAGCGUUUGAGGUCUUUGGAGCGUUUCAAGGCCAAUUCUGAAAAGGCUAUCAGAGAAAAGAAGUCUUCCGUGCUAAUUGCAUCGGACGUUGCUGCCAGGGGGUUAGACAUUCCAGGCAUUCACCACGUGGUACAUUAUCACAUUCCCCGUACAGCAGACACUUAUAUUCACCGCUCUGGAAGAACAGCGAGAGCUGGACGCGAAGGUGUUUCGAUUAUACUUUGCUCUCCAAACGAGGCUUCAGGUCCAUUGAAACAGCUCAGAAAGACUGUUGCUAAUAAGGAAGUUGACGAAUUGAAAACACUUCCACUUGAAAUGGACAUUCUGGACCAGCUGCGUGAAAGACUCGAGUUGAGUGCCAAACUGGCCCAGGCAGAGCUCAGCAGUCAGAUUGUGAACAAAGAGAAAACGUGGAUUGAAAAAGCUGCUGAUGACCUGGGAAUCGAGGAUCUGAGCGAUUUAGAGGAGGAUGAUUUUCUGAAAAGAGAUAGAAAGCGGAAAGAGGGCAAGCAGUUGACGAAACAGGACGCACAAAGCUACAGAGCACAGCUGAAACAAAUGCUGCGCCAGCCUCUGAGAAAAGGCGGAAGACGAUCGUAUAUUGCAGGAGGCCUGACCAACCUUGCGGAUAUCCUUGCCAGAGGAGGGGACUCCAAUAUCUUGGGGUACAAUCAGAAAGAUGCACUACAGGUGCUGAAAAAAAAGAAGAAAUAA